AGAGUGAGGAACGUUGUGCUUAUAUUGGUCUUCAAACAAAGAAACAAAUGUUUCAAUUUGGGUCGUCAUUGUUUCCUAGUUUCCUAAGCAAAACCGAAAUAAUAGCUGUAACGUUAUAUAACAUAAGUUAAGAGUAAUAAAUGUGAGUACAUAUUGUAUUUCUUGUAAAAGAUUUAGUAAGGGGACAACGAUCAAACAAAGAGUGCAUAUUGCAUUUUGUUUUAUAAGUUUACGAUAUAUAACAGCAUUGAGAACAAGAUUCAAAUCGUAAUCAAUACGCCAAAGAAUGCAACUAAUUGAGAUACCAUUUGAAAAGUGGCCCCAAUUGCGGGAUUUAUAUCAACAUAAGAAAGAUCUCUCCUCAUCUUACAAUACUCUACAAAUAUGUAUCAAUUGGAUUGAAAAAGAUCCGCAGUUGCAAGUUAAAAUCUACACUACUAGCAAGGAAUGGCAUGUUGAUGGUACCUUUGUGACCGAGGCCCCUAUAACGGGACUUCUAUUUUGCAACACCUUAAAGGAAGACUUUACGGAUUUGGUAAACACUCUAAAUCACUUUGAUAAUUCAAAAAUGGUAGGAGGACACCCUGAAAGAUUAAUGCUGGCUGUAGAAAAACAUUUCCUAGAUUCAGGUCUUAACAAGGAACAGUUUAGAUCCGAUGGCGGAGUUUGGCAAUAUAUUUCCAGAGAAGAAGCUUUAAAUUUCAAUACAGAACUCCCUGAAAACAUAACAACCAAAGGUUUGGAUGUAACUCAUGCAGAGCAAAUCAAUCGAGUGUGGCCCCACAGAUUUGAGGGUUCGUUAACCUUUGUAGAACACUUGAUAAAAUUCAAUAAGAGUGUGGGUCUAUUCGAGGGUGAACAAUUGGUGGCUUGGUGUCUGAUAUAUCCCUUGGGUUCUUUGGGCCUAUUACAAGUUGAAGAGUCUCAUAGACGCAAAGGUCUCGGCAAAUUGGUGGUAAAGAUUAUGUCUAAGUACUUAGCCGAACAAGGCAUUGAAGUUACAGCAUCCGUAGUCACCACGAAUAUUACUUCACGUUCCAUGUUCAAGCAACUUGGUUUUAAAAUAAUCGAUACUGUUUAUUGGACUUUUAAAUUAUAG